UGUUGCAGUGCUUUGACGUAUGAUCUAUUAUCAACGUUACGGUAGGAAGAAAAAAUAUGACGUAGAGGCACACCUCCAGCUUGGAAGGACACCAGCCGGCCGAGGAGGCACCUCAGCGCCAAGGACAGGCCGAGCACACUGGCUCCUCCGGCCGCAGCGGCGCUGCAGACUCUCGGUCCGGCGGAUCCUCGUUUCAUCGGUGUUUAACCCUCCGCGGAGGCUUUCUCCCCCGGCAGGACUCAUAUUCAUCCCGACCAGACCACCUCAGACGAUGCCCUUCUGAGAGAAAGAGAGACGAUUUGACUGAAACGAGACUUCAACAUGUCGAGCGCUCUCAUAGACAACGGCUCUGCAGAAGCCAAGAAAACGGACCUGAGAAUGAACGAGAAGAAAUGCUCAUGGGCCUCCUAUAUGACCAAUUCUCCGACGAUGAUCGUAAUGAUCGGCCUGCCUGCCAGAGGGAAGACCUACAUGUCAAAGAAACUCACGCGAUACCUCAACUGGAUCGGAGUCCCAACCAAAGUGUUCAACUUGGGCGUGUACCGCAGAGAGGCUGUCAGAGCUUAUAAGUCCUAUGAUUUCUUCCGCCAUGACAAUGAGGAAGCCAUGAAAAUAAGAAAGCAGUGUGCUCUGGUAGCUCUGCAGGAUGUGAAGGCGUACCUUUCAGCUGAGGGGGGUCAGAUCGCGGUCUUUGAUGCAACAAACACAACAAGAGAACGGCGAGAUCUCAUUCUAGCUUUUGUGAAGGAGAAUGCAUUCAAGGUGUUCUUCGUGGAGUCGGUGUGUGACGACCCAGAGGUCAUUGCUGCUAAUAUUCUGGAAGUCAAAGUGUCCAGUCCGGACUAUCCUGAGAGACACAGAGAGAGAGUAAUGGAUGAUUUCCUCAAACGGAUCGAGUGCUACAAAGUUACCUACCAACCGUUAGAUCCUGAUGAUUAUGACAAGGAUCUAUCUUUCAUCAAGGUGAUGAACGUUGGCCGGCGUUUCCUGGUGAACCGCGUGCAGGAUUACAUCCAGAGUAAGAUCGUCUACUACCUCAUGAACAUCCACGUGCACUCUCACUCCAUCUACCUGUGUCGGCACGGAGAGAGUGACCACAACGUUGAAGGCCGCAUCGGUGGAGACUCAGAACUUUCUCCUCGAGGGAAACAGUUCGCCCAUGCCCUGCGAGAUUUCAUUGAGGAGCACAAACUGUCAGAUCUGAAGGUGUGGACGAGCCAGCUGAGGAGAACCAUCCAGACGGCGGAGGAGCUGGGCGUCCCUUAUGAACAGUGGAAGAUACUCAACGAGAUUGACGCAGGUGUGUGUGAGGAGAUGACGUACGAGAUGAUCGAGAGCACAUUCCCAGAGGAGUUUGCUUUGAGGGACCAAGACAAGUACCACUACCGCUACCCAGGAGGAGAGUCAUACCAGGACCUGGUCCAGCGUUUGGAGCGUAUCAUGGAGCUGGAGCGGCAGGGCAACGUGUUGGUCAUCUGCCAUCAGGCUGUGAUGCGCUGUCUGCUGGCUUACUUUCUGGACAAGAGUGCAGAAGAUCUACCGUACAUGAAAUGUCCGCUCCACACAGUGCUCAAGCUAACACCUGUUGCAUACGGUUGUAAAGUGGAAAUGUUUUAUCUUAACGUGGAGGCAGUAAACACGCACCGAGACCGGCCUCUUGAUAAAAUCCCGAGGGACUCUGCUCUCAUACAUCGGCGGAAUAGUUACACUCCCUUGUCCAGUCACGACCAGGUCAAGCGUCCCAGGCUCUACAGCGCGGGCAACCAGCCCUGGCUCCCCCUCGCCCCCACCCCAUCAGCUCUGAUGCCAGAGGGACGGCAAAGCCAACCUCGGAUAGGAAGCGGUUGCCUGAAUCCCUGUGCGAAGGAAUCGACUUUGACAGCCCCGAAGAAACUAGUGGCUGUGUCCGCUUCUGAGUGAAGACGAGAGUCUUUCUUCUUGGCACAAUGUGGGCAAAAGUUGUGAGUUAAGUCGUGAAUCAAAAGUUUUUUUUGACCCACAUUCUUGGAAAUGAUGGUCGGGAUAUGAGGGUUUUUUUGUUUUGUUUUUAGUCAUAUCUAUCUCAGCCUGUCUGCUUAACGUUACUCUGCAUGUUGAGGCUUUUAACCAGAAGCCUCAUCAUUAAGUAUCAUAAACACUUUCUGCAUGUGCAACAAAUCAAUCAAUCAAUCAAAAAAACAAAACAAAACAGGCAACUAAUCCUUGUUGUAAAUGCUACGAUGCCUUACUGAACUCGAAGUUUAUCUAUAGAAUUAGCUCCUCUGUAUGAAUGUAUCAAGAACCAGUUAUGCAUCGUUACGUGAAAACCAAUUUUCAAUAUUGCAAAUAGAACGUGUUAUGAAGUAGACGCUGUAAAAAUAUUUUUAUAUUACAAAUAUUCUCAUCUGAGUCGCAAAAAAUCUAUAGUUGAGAUUCCUCUAAACGUAUUCCCAGCAUAAUCUGUUAAGUGUUACGUUAUGACUUCGGUUUUGAUUUGAGAGAACAUAUUUUUCGGGCUUUAGGGGAAUUAAAAUGCAGUAUUGAGUUUCUUUACUCUGUUUUGGAAGCCGUGUAUGUUUAUGUGUUAGAUAAAUAGUUUUACAUACCUGUUGUAUUAAAGUUGUGUUAUCAGUCACAAUGUACACGUAAUCCUAAAGGCCAUUCUGUUAAUCCCGUGUUCUUGCCUGUAUCAUCUCGGAAGGGAUUUCAUGCAACAAAAGCAGAACGUGUUUUUGUAUGAUGGGUUUUUCUUAACAUGUGUAUACAUUUAAUCAUACUGGCCAAAAAAUUGUUUUAAUUGCUCUAUGCAAAUGUAUUUUUACCGCUUAAAUUCUCUCUGCGUCAGCCAUUUUUGAAACACAAAAUCAUUUUAUUUUACUUUAUUAUAGACAGUGGCACAAGUUUCAUUCUAUGAUUGUAAUCUUUGACUGUUGAUAAGUUUUUUGCUCUAAGCAGCCUACUGGUGCCUUUUAAGAUGGGAUUUUUUCAGUGGAAUGAUUUAUUUAUUUAUUUUUAAUUCUCAAUUGGGGAAUGUAGGGGACUGACAUGAAACUUUGCAGCACAUGAUAUCUUCCAAAUGGAGUAAUCCAAAUUUGUUAAAAGUUAUUUCAUCAUUUGUGGCCUUCAUUAAUCGUGGAAAUGCAAAACUGUCUCAAAAUUGUCAAAGAAAUUGGAUCGUCUGUACUGUUAAUUUAUUAUUUUGGUGUAUUCUUUAACCUACGUACUAUAUCUGUUGCACGCCUGCCUGCUGUGGGAGAGGGAUCCUCCUCAGUUGCUCAUCCUGAGAUAUUUUCCAUUUUUGUUUUUUUUCUGCUGUUGAAUGUUUCAUUGGGGGGAGUUUUUCCCUGUCCUCUGUGACGGUCCAAGGAGAGACGGUGUUGUAUGUAGAAAAGACUCCUGAGGCAAAUUGUAAUUUGUAAUAUCGGGCCAUGAAAAUAAAGUUGAAUUGAACUGAAUUGAAAUUGAAUUAGCUAAACAUAGAGAAACUUUACGCUAAAUGAUUCAGUUAACUUAAGAAAAAGAAAAACUGUAAUCAGGCUAUUUGUUUUAAAAACUGGAAACUAAACUGUUGCUAAUAGCCUCCUUAACUGAAUAAAUGUGUUUCAUUCUCUUGAAGCAUAUUCUUGGGGUUUACUGUCCAUAUUUAUAUGACAUUUUCAUAUACAGUGUU